GGGCGCGGAGUUUCCCGCGGUCCAAGCAGGCGCGGGCGGGGGAGUCGCUCUUAAAGGGCCAGCUUCUGCGGGUCCUUUUGUUUCGGCACCGCAGGGCGGGGUGGGUUCAUCUGUGUUUCCUCGUCCACUCUCAGAGCGGCCAUGAUUUCCCAGUUUUUCAUCCUGUCCUCCAAGGGGGACCCGCUCAUCUACAAAGACUGUGCUAUCGUUUACCGCUUUACACUUGAGGCCAGGCGUCAGUUAGGGAGCGCCCUAAGUCUCACUUGCCAUCUCGUGGGCCACCUCACUGCGACUCUGGUCUUUUGCCCACCUCUGCCUCAGCACCACGAUGACCGUCAUUUCAUUCACAUCAGACACAGUGGCCUCUAUUUGGUGGCAACAACCUCAGAAAACGUCUCUCCCUUCAGCCUCUUGGAGCUGCUUUCCCGGUUAGCCACUCUCCUGGGUGACUACUGUGGUUCCCUCAACGAGGAGACCAUCUCACGCAAUGUGGCUCUUGUUUACGAACUCCUGGAUGAAGUGCUGGCUAUUUGGCCUGCAAGCUUCCUGCAAUCAUCCUGUCUCUACCAAAGGUACACUGAUUAUGGUUAUGUGCAGACUACAUCCACAGAGAUUCUGAGGAACUUCAUCCAGACUGAAGCUGUGGUCAGCAAGCCCUUCAGCCUCUUUGACCUCAGCAGUGUUGGCUUGUUUGGGGCUGAGACACAACAGAACAAAGUGGCCCCAAGCAGUGCAGCCAGCCGCCCCGUCUUGUCUAGUCGCUCCGAUCAGACCCAAAAGAAUGAAGUGUUUUUGGAUGUGGUUGAGAGGCUCUCUGUCUUGAUUGCAUCUAAUGGCUCACUGUUGAAGGUGGAUGUCCAGGGAGAGAUCCGGCUCAAGAGCUUCCUUCCCAGUGGCUCUGAGAUGCGAAUUGGCUUGACAGAAGAAUUUUGUGUGGGGAAGUCAGAACUGAGAGGUUAUGGGCCAGGAAUUCGAGUUGAUGAGGUCUCAUUCCAUAGCUCUGUCAACCUGGAUGAGUUUGAGUCUCAUAGGAUCCUCCGUCUGCAGCCACCUCAGGGCGAGCUGACUGUGAUGCGGUACCAACUCUCUGAUGACCUCUCCUCCCCACUCCCCUUCCGGCUCUUUCCCUCUGUACAGUGGGACCGAGGCUCAGGCCGGCUCCAGAUUUACCUGAAGUUACGGUGCGACCUGCCCCCAAAGAGCCAAGCUCUGAACAUCCGUCUGCACCUUCCCCUGCCUCGAGGCGUGGUCAGCCUGUCUCAGGAGCUGAGCAGCCCUGAUCAGAAGGCAGAGCUGGGGGAAGGAGCCCUCCACUGGGACCUGCCCCGGGUACAAGGAGGUUCUCAGCUCUCAGGCCUUUUCCAGAUGGAUGUUCCUGGCUUGCAGGGGCCUCCCAACCAUGGGCCCUCUGCCUCAGCAGCCCCUUUGGGGCUGGGCCCUGCCAGCCUCUCCUUUGAACUCCCCCGACACACAUGCUCUGGCCUCCAGGUUCGCUUCCUCAGAGUAUCCUUCAGUCCCUCUGGUAAUGCCAACCCGCACAAGUGGGUGCGACACCUGAGCCAUAGUGAUGCCUAUGUCAUUCGGAUCUGAGAGUCCCCUAACAAGAACACAGGCA